AUUUUGCCGGUUUAUCCGCGGACACUCGGUACGACCGUUCUCCUUCUCACCAAGUUGAAGAUUAUCAGGCAGAUUGGUACAGUAUCAAAGUGCAGUUCCGCACGUUACUAUGCAGAACAGAAUCGAAAUGUGAUUUGAUUCUGACUGUAAAUAUGAUCGCAAAUAUCGGAAGACUGCUGUCGCGGAUGUCACGAGAAAAUAUAGCAAGUGAAGAAAGCGACGGAGAUCUAAUAAAAGCCACGAAAACGACGUAUAAAAAAGCAACGUGCGGAAAUGCACGCAAGUGACGGAUUGUCAAUGGGUGUAACACGUUGCCGUGCACGUUGCUGACGUGAACACGAUAGAUGUUAUCAUUGUUAGAGUAUCUUUAUGACGUAUGACGCACAAUCUUCACAUCUGCAAGUGUGUCAGUGACACACGUCGAGACAUCAGACAAAAUCCAGCAACCUAAUUCUUGCUGAAUGAAACGUUAUCCAACUGUUGAUUACGUUGUCAGAGAGAAGUAGGUAGGCGGGAAUACACGGCAUGUACGAAAUGUGCGUGGAAAUCACACAGACGCUGACACCAUUCUUGUAAGACUUUUUUUUCUAGGAAGUUUGUGGAAUCUGUGCCAAGACGACUCAUCCUUUUCUUGACUGAUGCUUGAAAGAAGCAUUUUCUCGGAUGAUACGCAUUCGGAUAUUGAUGUUUGGCGGUGAACAGAAUAUAAAUAACGGAAAUGGCAGCAGUGUUAACAAGCUUGAUCGGCACGACUUCCGUUCUUGGACUUGGUUUGAUUCCACUUUUGGCCAUCGGUCUCACCGUGUACAGAUACAAUACCCUCGACCCAGAAUCGCAUCCGCAAAAUGCACGAGAGCUGCUACGAAUGUACGACUUUAUAGUGGUCGGAGGUGGCAGCGCGGGUGCCGUGAUGGCCUCGAGAUUGUCGGAGAUACCUACGUGGACGGUGCUACUCUUAGAAGCUGGUGAUGACGAGAAUGAAAUUUCGGACGUCCCUCUGCUUGCCGGAUACACUCAGCUCACAGAAUUCGAUUGGAAGUAUCAGACCUCACCACCCAGCAGCACGUCUGCUUAUUGUCUCGCCAUGAUAGGCGACAGGUGUAAUUGGCCACGCGGCAGAGUCCUCGGAGGAUGCAGCGUUCUCAACGCCAUGAUUUAUGUUCGUGGUAAUAGGCACGAUUACGACAGCUGGGCUCGAGCGGGUAACACGGGAUGGAGCUACGAAGAAGUGUUCCCUUAUUUCCUCAAGUCUGAAGACAAUCGUAAUCCGUAUUUAGCGAGAACGCCUUACCACGAGACAGGGGGUUACCUGACGGUGCAGGAGCCACCCUGGAAAUCUCCUCUGGCGAUCGCCUUUUUGCAGGCUGGUCAAGAGAUGGGCUAUGAAAAUCGCGACAUAAACGGGUUCAAUCAAACCGGCUUUAUGUUGACGCAAGCGACGAUUCGACGUGGCAGUCGAUGCUCGACGGCGAAGGCCUUCCUACGACCGGUGAAAAAUAGGCCGAACUUGCACAUAGCGAUGCACGCUCAAGCUCUGAGGGUGCUCUUUAACGCCGAGAAAAGAGCAACGGGCGUAGAAUUCCUUCGCGACGGCAAGCAGCAGAUCGUUAGAUGCAGAAGAGAAGUCAUCUUAUCCGCCGGCGCGAUUAAUUCGCCUCAGUUGCUCAUGCUGUCCGGGAUCGGUCCCAGCGAGCACUUGACCGAGUUCGGUAUACCAGUGAUAUCUAAUCUACGAGUCGGGGAUAAUCUUCAGGACCAUGUGGGCCUUGGCGGGCUGACAUUUCUGGUGAACGAGUCGAUCACCCUGAUGAAAGAACGAUUUCAAACUGUCUCGGUCAUGUUCGAAUACAUCGCCAAGGAGCGAGGACCUCUGACCACUCCGGGAGUCGAGGCGCUAGCCUUUCUUAAUACCAAGUACGCUAACAAGUCCGGCGACUAUCCGGACGUGCAGUUUCACUUCGCGUCAAGUUCCAUUAAUUCCGAUGGCGAACAAAUAAAAAAGAUUCUCGGUCUGCGAGAUCGUGUGUACAACAUCAUGUACAAGCCCUUGCACGGCGUCGAGACCUGGUCGAUCCUACCGCUUCUACUGCGGCCCAAGAGCACAGGUUGGAUCAGGUUGAAGAGCAAAAACCCCUUAAUUCAGCCGGACAUCAAUCCUAAUUACUUUACGCGUAAGGAGGACAUGGACGUUCUCGUGGAGGGGAUCAGGUUGGCGAUGCGGGUAUCCAAUACCAGCGCGUUUCAGCGAUUCGGCUCGAGACCUCACACGAUUCGUAUGCCGGGCUGUUACAAAUAUCCGUUCGAUACGUACGAGUAUUGGGAGUGUGCCGUACGACACUUCACCUUCACGAUUUACCAUCCGACGAGUACCUGCAAGAUGGGACCGCGGAGCGAUCUCACGGCCGUCGUGGAUCCGCGAUUGAGAGUUUACGGAGUAAAAGGACUCAGAGUCGCUGAUGCUUCUGUAAUGCCGACCAUUGUCAGUGGCAAUCCAAAUGCGCCGAUUAUCAUGAUCGGCGAGAAAGCCAGUGACAUUAUCAAGGAAGAUUGGCGGGUGAAGGAAAAGCCAAGUGCCGGACGUAGAUGACGGACGGACGUCGAAUAGAUUUAGGACGUAUAAGUGUGUGUGUGUGUGUGUGUGUCUGUGUGUGUGUGUGUAUCUCAUAGCAUCUCUGAAUAUAACCGAAAUUUCACGUGUAUGAGGAAUGGCUACUAAACUUUCUACCUUUUACUCUCUUUCUUUUCAUAACACAUUUUUAUAAUAUCAUGUUUCUUUUUAGCUUUUUUAUCGCGAGCUCGAUUCACGUGUACGUUUCAUCUUCUUUUUUACGCAAAUUCGAUAAAAGCAUCUCUGUCAACAUUCAAUAUAAUAAUAUUUCAUAUAGGAGCCAGUGAUUGAUAGAUAAGGAAGCAUUUAUAUAUAUAAUAAAAAAAGUAAAUAUCCUAAGAUUAAAGAUUAAUGCUUAUGAGAUAUGUAUCGAUUGUACGAGUGUGAUAUGUCUCUUCUUAUUAGACACUUAUAAACUUAUAUAUAACGAGCGAUUUCAUCGACAGACAGAGGGAGAGAGAGUUGGGGGAAUGUAAUAUGUUAUGUACAUAUAUUAGAAUGUCAGAAACAUCGAAUGUUUCAAAGUCAUUGAACUAGAAAUUUUUACGACAUUGGAGUGGCAGUGCCAUUCUAUGUAAAAUAAUGUAAAAACAUUAAU